AUGGAAGAAAAGAUAGUGCGCAAAGGGCCGCUGCCUGGAGGUCGCCAGGGCGCGUCUGGAGCUGGCGCUGGACGCGACAGCAUGCGGGCCGCCAGCCGAGCGCGGGGUGUUGCAAGACCACCUAGCAGCCCCCCGCAUCCAUCAUCCCCACCAGAAGGCUUGGUGUCGGCUGGGUCUUCUCGGACUCAGCAAGUGGCAUCCGCCGCUGGUGGAGCACGUCGCAUGCGUUGGUGUAAAUCAAUGAAUGAAAACGCACUGCCGGCGUAUUUUAGGGCAAAAGGGGAAGAAACUGGAUGCUUGGCGUAUCGGGCUCGGAUGCAUCGCUUUUUUGCAGAGCUGGAGCCAUCUCUAUCCGUUACUGAGCAAAACCUGGCAGACCGAGUUAGGUACAUCCUGCGCUCCAACAUAUUUGGUGACGCCGAACUCGAGCGACUACGACGUGAGGCUAUUCCUUCAUCGAAUGGAAAUGCUACGGCUGGGAAUGCGGCGCCACUAGAUGCGCAACAAACUGCAUAUGUGGAUGCUGCCGUCAACAUUCCAUUUGUGGCUAAUUCAGACGAUGAUGGAAUAGUCUUUCACGAACUAGAGAAAAUGAGGAGCAUAUUGGAAGAGUCGAUGCUGGAAACGCGCAGCAUGCCUCUCGAAAAUCGACCGCGACUUCCCCCGCAUACCCCUUAG